AAGAAAAAAGGAAUGGAAGAAUGGAAGAAAAAAGAACCAGAAAAAUGGAAAAAAAAAAAGAACGGAGGAAUAAAAGAAAAAAAGAACAGAAGAAUAAAAGAAAAAAAAAAGAACGAAGAGAAGAAAAAGAUGAAUAAAAAAGGAAUAAGAAUGAAAGAAAAGGAUAAAAAG